UGCAAACCCAGCGACUCAGCACGAAAAGUAGUUCGAAAUGACCGAAUAAUCCCUCGCACGCUUCAGAAUUUAUGUGUUGCUUGCCAAGUAUUUCCUGUAAUAUUGAGGCGGAAAAGGGAUAAUUGAACGGUUUUGGUCGGGGAAUACCUAUUUAAUGCUGCGGUUGUGGAAGGGUGGUUUUGAUUUUUGAUUCGGGCUUCGCUCUAUUGCCCAAUCCUCCUGAAAAGGCCCGAACUGUGAAGUUUCCAGGGAGGAUUAACAGCAUCAAAAGGCAGUCCAAGAAUUUUAAAAAACAUCAUAACAAAGAAGGAAAGACCAAGAGAAAUCGCCCCUCAAUUUCUUGAGCUGCCGGAUUGGAGCUCUGAAUCUCUGGCUUUCUUGGCUUCGUUCACUUUUUCAAGUCAGGCGAUACAGUCGAAGUUUCGAAACUUGAGCACAAUAUUGAUAUUUACUGCAAAGUCUCCAGUUCCUUUCUAGCCUUCCCUUCAUUAUUUUUGCUUUACUCGAACAAGAACCAUAUUCAGGGGAAAGAAAACAACAAGUUAAGACAUUCAUAGCCAAGUGGGUUGGAAGAAUAAUUUAUACGCAUUAUUGUAAUUGACGUAAUUGGAAGCGAGGCUUUAACUUCAAGGACUGUUUCUUGGUCUCCCAAAAGUUAAGAGGUUCACAGGCAACUCACGAAAUGAAUGUAGUGGGCAAAGUUGGAAGCCUGAUUAGCCAAGGCGUUUACUCAGUUGCUACCCCUUUUCACCCCUUUGGUGGAGCCGUUGAUGUGAUUGUUGUUCAGCAGCAAGAUGGGACAUUCCGAAGCACGCCAUGGUAUGUUCGGUUUGGUAAAUUUCAGGGUGUUCUCAAAGGUGCUGAAAAAAUUGUGCGUAUAAAUGUUAACGGUGCUGAAGCAAACUUCCACAUGUAUCUUGAUAAUUCAGGGGAGGCUUAUUUUGUGAAGGAGGUGGAUGAUGAUAAGGGAAUGGAGUCAAUUGGAAUUGUUGAAGAUACUAGUAACUCUGAAUUUACGCGAGACAACAUUGGUAUGGAAAUUGAUAAUACUCAUGCUCAUAGAUUUGCCCAUAGUGUCUCUGAUUCAGGGGUGCUUGCUUUGAAAGAUGAAGAUGAUUCGCUUGAUGUGCCUCCAAUUCAAAGAACAGAAUCUGAUAGUGGCAGGAGAUAUUAUGAUUUCCAAGAUGAGCAAUCUUCUUUUGAAGGUUCAGUUGAGCUGUCAGAGUAUGAGUCAAAUCCAUAUGAGACUUUAGAUGGAGAUAAUUAUGUUGAUUCGCAGGACUCUCAUCCAGAAAUGGUAUUGUUUAGUGUGGAUGGCCAUGUAUUGACGGCUCCUAUCUCUGAAUCAGAGCAGAAUACAGACACUCUGCAGUUAGAAACUCCUCAAUUUCAUCUUGUUCCAGGUGGAGGGACUGAGUUUUGUGAAGACAGCACGGAGUUUAUUUCUGGUGAGAGUGCCUGGGAUGCUGAUUAUAUAAGUCAGAUGGAUGCUCCAGCAGCUGAUGUUCCAACCGAUAGCCAUUUCUACACUAACGGCGAUGAUAAUAUUUCUGAGCUCCAGCAGGAGGGUCAUCAGGAAGAGGAGGGACAUAUUCAUAUACAAAAUCAAGAAGAAGGCCGUCAUAUGCAAAAUGAUUCAGUAGAGGGUGCAUCUGGUAUCACAAGGAAUAAUGUUUUCAAAAGCUGUUUGGAGUUGCAGGAAUUUUCUCAGCUGGCUGGGAAUGCUGAUUUACUGGAUAAAGUUUCCUCAUUGGGGGAUCAGCAUUCAGCCGAGGAUACGAACACAAUACACCCAGUUGUUGUUGAGAAUGAAGAGGGGAGCCUGGCAAAAUCUAAAUGUGAUGGUGAGUUGUCUCCUUCUGACGCUUCUGCUUCUUCUGAUGAUUGCAGAUCUUCAGAAGUAAGACCCCAAGAUGUAGAGAAAAAAGCAUUACGGGAAGUUGAAACCGAUUCAGGAAGACAUUCUGUUUCCGAUAUGGCUAUAUCAAAUGAUGAACAUACAGGCAAGUCAGCAUCAACCAACGGACUAGAUGAUAUUCAACAAACCCUUGUGUCUGAAGAUCGUAGCAAUAAAAGUGAGGUGGCAGAACCCCAAACAGUAUUCAGAGAAGAGGCCAAAAGUCAUCCAGGAUUUGAGAUCUCACUAUGCGGCCAUGAACUUAAGGCAGGUAUUGGCAUGGUUGCAGCUGUUAAAGCAUUUGAAUCUCAUCGGAUAUGUGCAGACGAGUUUAAAGUUUCUGCCCCAUCCAUAAUUAAGAAUGAAAAUCUCAUUAUAAAGAUCAAGGAGAGGUACUUGCCAUGGGAAAAGGCUGCUCCCCUUGUUCUUGGAAUGGCCGUCUUUGGCUUAGAUUUACCUGUUGAGCCUAAGGAUACAAUUCCCGUGGAGCAGGAUGAUGCACUGAAAUCUAGGGAUGAUGAUCAUGGAUCUGCUCGGUCUGGGCGUAGAUGGAGACUUUGGCCUAUACCUUUUCGAAAAGUCAAAACAAUUGAGCACACUAGUAGCAAUUCUUCAAAUGAUGAGGUUUUUGUGGAUUCUGAGUCUGGUUUGCAGAAUUCUCUUGGAGAGUCAUCUCCAACAGCUGGCAGCCACAGGUCUCCUCACAAGCAAUUAGUGAGGACUAAUGUGCCCACUAAUGAGCAAAUAGCCUCUUUGAAUCUAAAUGAAGGCCAAAAUUUAGUAACCUUCAGUUUCUCUACCAGGGUUCUUGGAAAACAACAGGUUGAUGCUCAUAUAUACUUAUGGAAGUGGAAUGCAAGAAUUGUAAUUUCAGAUGUUGAUGGAACUAUUACCAAGUCUGAUGUUUUGGGACAGUUCAUGCCUUUAGUUGGUAAAGAUUGGACUCAAUCUGGAGUGGCAAGGCUUUUUUCUGCCAUCAAAGAAAAUGGAUAUCAACUUCUGUUUCUGAGUGCCCGUGCCAUUGUACAAGCAUAUCUAACCAGGAACUUUUUGCUUAACCUGAAACAGGAUGGAAAAGCAUUACCAAAUGGACCUGUGGUUAUUUCGCCUGAUGGAUUAUUUCCCUCACUUUACCGAGAAGUCAUAAGAAGAGCACCUCACGAGUUCAAGAUCGCAUGUCUUGAGGAUAUUAAAAGACUUUUCCCUGCUGAUUACAACCCAUUCUAUGCUGGAUUUGGCAAUAGAGACACAGAUGAACUUAGUUACAGAAAGAUUGGAAUUCCAAAAGGCAAGAUAUUCAUCAUUAACCCCAAGGGCGAAGUUGCCAUAAGUCAUCGGAUCGAUGUGAAGUCAUAUACAUCAUUACACACCCUUGUCAAUGACAUGUUUCCCCCUACUUCUUUGGUGGAGCAGGAAGACUUCAAUUCAUGGAACUACUGGAAAAUGCCAUUGCCAGAUAUUGACUAGUUGAUUGCUGAAGGUGAGCUGUAUAGCUCCCUCUGACGAGGAUCUCAGUUGGUAUGGGGCCAUCCAAGUUUUUAACAGAAAUGAAAAGCGUUCCUCGAGUGACCCAUUCAGACGCCGUAAUUGAUGAUCGAAACGUACCUUUUUGCACUCAAAGUUCAUUCUUCGGAAUAAGCUCUGGGCCUAUUUUUUGAUCUUCAUUAAUUCUUGAUUCGUGGUGGGCCAUGCAAUAGGAAGAAGCAUACAACAUUGCUCCAUCACCAAAGCAAAAAAGUUGUAGAGUGGUUUACAUGUCAUACUGAAGUGAACCUUGUAUUUUUUUCUUUUCCUUGUUAUUAUCAAGGAAUAAUAGCAUAGAUGCUUACUCAAA